AUGGAACAUAUUGACCAUUGCCAACAUGAUUGCUCUGCCCCAGUUCCAAAUGGAUAUGGAACCAAGAAUUUUCAAGCCAACCCAAAAGAAAGAUGCACCGAACAGGUGUAUCCUAAUCCAGGUGCCAUUGGUGACCCUGGCAAAGAGGAUGAGGGUAAGAAUAAGAAGAAGGCCAGGGGCAGUUGGAUUUGGAAUUUUGUUGGCCGCAAGAAAGGAUCCUCCAUGAAUCCCAAACGGCCCCAAUCCAUGAUAUUCCUUGGAGACCAUGUGGAGAUCAUGGAGCAGACUCGUAAGAUGUCUUUCAUGGAAAGAGUGAGAUCCUAUAAGAAGCUACGGAAUUCUAGUCUAUCUAGAAAUACAUCCAAAGCAAAAGCUAUCAUCAUCUCAGUGGAAACUCAAGAAGAUCUAGAACAAAAAGCACUCCAUAGGAUUAGAAAGCUCAGUGACAGCCAACGGCCUUACCGUCACUCCUAUGCUGGCUUCAUUGAGGACUUGGAUUCUUCAUUUGAAGAUAUUGAACUAAAUAGCUGUAUGUUGGAUAUUGAAUCCAGUGAAAGCAAAUGGCACAGGGGGCUAGAGUUGGGAGUCAGUAGUAGCAAUGCUGAUAAUUAUUGUUACAACAUGUUGGCUCAGAAAAAUGUGGCCCCCGAGUUUGAAAAAAUUCCAGAGUCUAGGGAUGCUGAAGGACAUUCUCAAACAAAAGAUGCUCCGGUAGCUCCUGAGAAUAAGAAAGGAAGAAGUUCGGAUGUCUGGGGAUAUCUAAAGGGGGUUUCGUUGACAGGCAAGGACUGUUCCAAGCUGGAGAACCCCACUGCAGAACUGGGUUUUCAGAGUUUGAAAAAUGCAAUGGAGAGUCCUCCUCCUUAUCUUGCUUUCACUGCAGGAUGCAAAGAUGACAUUAGCCAGACUAAAAAGCCUGGCCAUGGAGGGAAGGGAAGUCAUUUUGGUGGUGUCCUUAGGUUUUUUAAUAGCAUGGCUGGGGCAGCUAGGAAAUGGCGGGGAUCUUCCAAGACAUUUUCUCAGGAUGAACCACAAAAAGUCUCCAACUGUGCCCAGCAAAGGCUGGAGCGAUCUCAUCGAAGGCAACCUUUGAUAAUUGCAAAUGACAAUGCUAACAAUUUCUCAUUAACUAGACUGACACCUGAUUCUGAGAUGUGGGAUCACCCUAGUUCCAAAAUCUCAGCUGGUCAAGCUCCACUCCAAGGAGAUACCAAUGGUAAGAUGUCUCAUGAAGCCUUGAAAGCCCACAGCAAUGAAAGACCUUGUUCCCCUCUUAGGAAAAGUAUGCCAUCUUUUCCCCACUCAGAACGUCCAAACGAUGGCCUGAUUCUCAAUGGACGUGGCUUACAUGCAGAACUGCUACAGAAGCAGGAGAUUCUUGCUAACAAAUUAAGUGAUGAGGACCCAGGUUCUGCUCCAGGAGAUCCCUGGAUUUUGCCCCCUUGGAACCCAGAGAAUACCCGGUCCUCUUUUGCGGUUUCAGCAGAUUCCCAGAGCUUGGAUACGGAAGAGUUAAAGUCUCAAGAUCUGACGAAGGCCGAAAUGGACAUUGCAGGCCUGGAAAAGGAUUCUUCUUUGAAUUGUGAAGAAUGGUGUGAUAGUGAAAUGGAUAUCAAAGUGGUGUGUACUUCUGCCGAGGAUUUUAAUGCUCUCACAAGUGUAGCAGAUACUCCAGAUUUGGAGGAGGGAUUAAUAGAUAACCAGAUGCCCAAGGGGGUUCUAGGAGAAAACCAUCACCAUGCCUGUGUGCAAGGAGAUAACCCAGGGUGUGCAAGGACUCUGCCAAAUGUUGGGGUUUUAGUAGGUUCCUCCGCAGAAACUCGGAGUUUAGGAAGUAUUUUGGAGGACAUUCGCAAUCCCUGCACACCACUAGCCUGCUCAUGCCACAGUCAGCAGGUCCUAGACCAAGAACCUUCUUCUAUCAGAGCAAAUGGUGGCAUUUUUCUGCUACGGCAGCCGUGGAAAUCCCAAGAAUCCGAACAUUUUAAGUGCAGAAAUGUUUAUUACCCUAUCCAGAUGAGCUUAUGUACAAUCGUCUCCCUCAAUGAGUUAAAUAAUGGAAAGCCACGAUCUCACCCUCUUUGCCCAUCUCCAGCAUCUCCUCCUCCAUUCAAACUCUUUUUGGACCGAUGCCACUCCCUCCCACUCUCCAAGAGCACCCCAAUGGGAUUGGAUCAGCUGGAAUGGAAACAGAAGCUCUUGAUCAGCUCUGCUGGCUUCAUGGUGCCCAUCUUGGGAGAAUGCUGA